GUACACUGUGACACAUAGUACUCUGUGUUAUGUAUUAUUUAAUGUCGGCCGAUUGUAUUAUAAGAAUUUUGUUAUAAAUUUAACAUUUUUAAUAACUUUAAAACUCUAAUACCAUAUCUAUUGAAAACCCAUAAAAUAUUUUAACAAGAUGCUGUCACGCCCUGUUUUUUCACGACUCUUUCAACAAACGGUCCGCCGCUACCAUCAUGGGGAGUUCAAAACUCCAUCCAUGGACGAGCUGCCCGUGCCACGCGGCUCGUGGCAGGCCAAGUACGACGCCAACCAGCGCCGGUACAACGCUACACUCUUAUUCGGAAUAGCAUUUGCUGCAGGAACCAUCAUACUGGCUAAAACUUCCGGUUUAGUGUACCUGAACUACUCUCCACCAAAGUCCUUGGAUUAAAUGGACAUCGCUGUGACUAUUAUUGAGCUUACAUAGUUCAGUUGUUGUGCAACAAUUAUAAAACUGACUCAAACUGCAGUAUCACUGUAACAGUCGACUGGCUGCAUCAUUGUCACAAACACUGAACUAUGUGGCUCAAAUUAUAUAUAACUUGUAUUUAGUAAAUAAAUCAAUAAAUAAUUACACUAUUA